GGCCGCUGCACUGCAUCGAGCGCGCCCCCAGCCUAAGGAUUCCCCCAUUCAGUCGUCUGAUCUCACUACCUUACGAGCCCUAUGAUAUCAUAUUCUUGCAGUAGGGCACAGUCAGGAUCCUUGUCAAAUCUCUCUGUCAUGAGGUACUCGAUCAGCCUCAAGUGGGUCGUCCCGAGUCUGUCCGGCGGCUGGCGAACGACUUGCGUAUGUGUCCUUCAGUCUCCUGACCUCUUCAACAUGGGGUCUGCAAGAGGAUUUGUCGGACCAUUACGAAAUGUCGCUCAAUGCCCGCUCACUCGAACACACACAGCGAUGACUCUUUUCUGCCUGCGUUGGCUAUUGCCAUUGGCAAAAGCGCUGCCAAGUGUCUUCUUACGGCGACUGUGGCUGAUUCGGCGGGCGAAGCCGGAACGAUGAACUGGCUGAGCCCGGUUCUUAUGCUCAAGUGACAGAACUCGGCAUCCGUCGUCAAGCGAGGAAUCGAGAAAUGACAAGGUGUAAACACCGCAUAAAUAUCAUGGCAGUCCAAUCCAAGACACAUCGUACUGUCAGGUCCACGAAUGAACAUCGCCCCACCAGUCAUAGCACCAGUUCUAUCCAUGGACACUCAGGUCACCCCGAUAAAGCUUGCUGCGGCGGCAGCAAUAGCCUUGCCUACCAUCAUCGCAGCCAAGCAUAUCUUACAAGUCUACGCGAGAAUCUCUGCCGCCCCGCGACGGAAUAUCACUGAAGUCGACGUUAAUCCCGCGUCCUUCCUACAAUCCAUUACCGUCACCCAGCAUGUCAACCCGAAUGGUCAUCCGGCGCUACAUGACUGCCGUCACAUGGACGUGUCGAUCCCGGAAUAUGCCAGAGAUCUGGCCGAUCAAGUGCUUCUUGCGGCUUUCGUCCGGGGUUUCUUUGGCGGAAUGGUCUUUGCCCCUGAGCGGGCCGUGCUAAGGAUUGCCAAGCUCAACCUCUUGAACUAUCCCAGUCUCAAGAGUAAUGCCUCCGUAUGGCCCGUGUGGCAUGUCAGCCAACUAGCCGGUGACGAGCUGCUGCCCGUGACCACCGUUCUCUUCGGCGCCUUCCAGAUAAGCGAUAGUCAAAUCCACCGCCCAGGGGAUAGUACCACCGAUCAAGUGGAGACGGAGAGUAGUGUUGAUUUCGUGUUCGGCUCAAGUCAGGGUAACUUUAGCGGCACUCAUCAAUUCAGUAUCCUCAGAACCAAAGGACACUCUGAAAAAGCCCGCGUCAGAUACGCACACAUCAGCUGCAACCCAAAUGGUGGCAAGCUCCCAAUGCCUGACUUCGUGGCCCCUCUGCACAACUUUUAUGCCAUGCUGCUCUUCAGGGAGGCUGUUGGAGAGGUCAAGCGACGACUGGAGUAUCGAGAUCAGAGAUAA